AGACAGAGAGGGAAGGGGAGAGACAGAAAUAGAGAGACUGAGUGAGGGAGAGAAAAUACACAGAGAGAUUUCCCUCCCUAUCCAUGGCGUGAGAAGGCUGUUGGACCGUGGACCCUGCUGUACCGUAUGUCCUGUCUGCGCGUGGCUUCAGGUGCACGGCUUAGUAGCUACUGCUUAUCUGACGGAGAGAGGGAGGAAAAGAAAGAAAGAGAGAUAGAGAAAGAGAGAGCAAAAGAGAAAGAAGAGGGAUGGGUGCAGAGUAUGUGAGGAGGGAGAAGUCACUGUGAUUCCACCCAGCAGUGAAGUUUUCUCUAGCUCAGCGCUGCGCUGCUCGUCUCCACCUGGUACCCGAGGUGAGUUACUGUGUGGAACAUUAAUAAGGUCCUCUUUGUCCCCAGUAUGAGUAACAUAUACGAAUCUGCAGAGGCUACCCUCGGCCUGUGCAACUCUUCCUGUCUGACCAAGGUUGAGCUGAGAGUGGCUUGUGGAGGGAUCUCAGACCGAGAUGCCCUUUCUAAACCAGACCCCUGUGUCGUCCUUAAGAUGCAAUCACACGGACAGUGGUUUGAGGUGGACAGGACAGAAGUGAUCCGCAGCAGUAUAAGUCCAGUUUUCUCCAAGGUGUUUCUGGUUGACUACUACUUUGAGGAGGUCCAGCGUCUUCGCUAUGAGCUCCAUGACAUCAGCUCCGCUCACAACGGCCUUAGAGACACAGACUUCCUUGGAGCCAUGGAGUGUACCCUGGGACAGAUUGUAUCCCAGAGGAAACUGACCAAAGCAUUACUUAAGCAGGGAAACUCCACCAGCAAGUGCUUCAUUACGGUAACAUCAGAGGAACUGUCAGGUAAUGACGACUAUGUAGAACUCUCCUUCAGUGCUCGCAAACUAGACGACAAGGAUUUCUUCAGUAAAUCAGAUCCAUUUUUGGAAAUCUUCAGAAUAAAUGACGAUGGCAGUGGAUCACUAGUACACAGAACAGAAACGGUGAUGAAUGACCUCAGCCCUGUGUGGAGGUCAUUCAAGGUCUCUCUCAACACAUUGUGCAGUGGAGACCACGAUCGGCAACUAAAGUGCACAGUGUAUGACUGGGACUCCAAUGGGAAGCAUGACUUCAUCGGAGAGUUCCACACCACAUUUAAGGAGAUACGCACAGACCUGGACGGGAGACAGAUGCAAUGGGACUGUAUAAACCCUAAGUACCAGAUGAAGAAGAAAAACUACCGGAACUCUGGUGUCGUCGUCCUCAACCACUGUAAGGUCAUAAAGAUGUAUUCUUUCCUGGAUUACAUUAUGGGAGGCUGUCAAAUCCAGUUCACAGUGGCUAUAGACUUCACAGCGUCAAACGGAGACCCCAGAAACAGUUGUUCCCUUCACUACAUCCAUCCGUACCAGCCCAACGAAUAUCUAAAAGCCUUGGUGGCUGUGGGCGAAAUAUGUCAGGAUUAUGACAGUGAUAAAAUGUUUCCAGUGUUUGGGUUUGGAGCUCAGAUCCCACCUGACUUCAAGGUCUCUCAUGAUUUCGCCGUGAACUUCGAUGAAGACAAUCCAGAAUGUUCCGGUAUCCAGGGUGUAGUAGAAGCCUACCAGAGUUGCCUUCCUAAAAUACAGCUGUAUGGGCCAACUAACAUUGCUCCCAUUAUUCAGAAAGUGGCUUCUUCUGCCUCAGAGGAGAUGCAUACUAAGGAGGCUAUGGAGUAUUUCAUUCUGUUAAUUCUGACUGAUGGGGUGAUAACUGACAUGGCUGACACCAGAGAGGCUAUUGUUCACGCUUCCCAUCUGCCCAUGUCUGUAAUCAUAGUGGGAGUGGGGAACGCUGACUUCAGUGACAUGCAGAUGCUGGACGGAGAUGAUGGAAUACUCAGGUCCCCAAAGGGAGAGCCUGUGCUCAGAGAUAUUGUCCAGUUUGUUCCCUUCAAAGACUUCAAACAUGCGUCCCCGGCUGCACUAGCUAAGAGUGUGUUAGCAGAGGUGCCCAAUCAGGUGGUGGAUUACUACAAUGCCAAAGCAAUCCACCCUAAAUGUCUGUCUGACUACAACGAAUCUUCCAGAGCCUUCAGCCCCUGACAUAAGAACACACAGACAUGUUAAACACACACGUUAAACACACAUACAUUAAAAAACCAAAAGAACCCCAUCCAUCCACCCACGCAUUCUUACAGUAGGGUAACCUAGAGACGUAGUUUGAUCUGAGGGUUUGACUACAUAGUGGACUACUGCAUGCUGUCACACAGUCAUUAUAUCCCAGAUACUGUGUACAUUCAUGAUUAAAAAGAAAACAUACUGGCACACAGACACACACCUUUUAAAGGUGACUUUUAAUAUUUUGAAGAUUAUUGCAUACAGUGUAGGCUAAAUAGGGAUUAGUAAGAGAUUUACCUAAUGAUGAGAACCAUAAUAUCAAUUAGGUCAUAUUAUUGCAGUGUUUAGGGGUUUUGGUAACUUAGUAGCCUUUGUAAACAAAUAAUGUAUAGCUUCAAAUCAUGUUUUAAAAUAAGGUUGCUCGUACGGAAUAUAAUUCCUUCGGCACCACUGGUUAUUUCAUUUAGAAUCGAAUGCUAUUUGCAUGUGGAAAUAUCAUGGGAUGCAUUUUCUCUGUUUGCGUUUCUGUUGGUAGCCCACUCUCUGAUGGUAUGCACAUCUUACAGAGUGGUAUUUAAGGGUUGAGGAUUAUAUACUGUUAGGUGUGUUGUAUAUGUCUUUUUCUACAGGUUUGUUGAGAGUUUGCUAAAGAAAUAAAUGAAUAAAUACAA